CCGCGGGCUGCCGGGGGGAGGCACUUGACACCGGCCGCGGGAGAGGAGGGGCUGCUGUCCCUGCGGCCAGUGCUGGAUGCGGGGACCCAGCGCAGAGGCAGCUCCAGGUGGAGCCACGGGAAGCCCAGCCCCACAGACAGCCUGAGGCCGCGUUUCACCCUCGGCGCCGGGAUCUAUGUUUAAGUUUUAACUCUUGCUUACCAAGACCACGAUAAUUCCUUCCCCAGAGGCCAGCAGCCCCCCAGCCCCGCGCAGCCCCAGCCUGCCUCCCACCGCCCAGCUGCCCGCGAUGCCCGCCAGCGGCCCCGGGGACGCCAGCGGCCCCGCUCCGGAGCGGGGGGAGGAGGAGCGCAAGGAGGGAGAGGAGCAGGAGGAGGCUCGUGGCAAGGAGGAGCGGCAGGAGCCCAGCACAACUGCCCGGAAGGUGGGGCGGCCCGGGAGGAAGCGCAAGCACCCUCCGGUGGAAAGCAGUGACACGCCGAAGGACCCCGCCGUGACCUCCAAGUCCCCGUCCAUGGCCCAAGACUCAGGCCCCUCAGAGCUGUUACCCAACGGGGACUUGGAGAAGCGGAGUGAGCCCCAGCCAGAGGAGGGGAGCCCCGCUGGGGGGCAGAAGGGCGGGGCCCCAGCAGAGGGAGAGGGUGCAGCUGAGACCCCGCCCGAAGCCUCCAGAGCCGUGGAGAAUGGCUGCUGCACCCCCAAGGAUGGCCGGGGAGCCCCUGCAGAAGAGGGCAAAGAACAGAAGGAGACCAACAUCGAAUCCAUGAAAAUGGAGGGCUCCCGGGGCCGGCUGCGGGGUGGCCUGGGCUGGGAGUCCAGCCUCCGCCAGCGGCCCAUGCCGCGGCUCACCUUCCAGGCGGGGGACCCCUACUACAUCAGCAAGCGCAAGCGGGACGAGUGGCUGGCACGCUGGAAAAGGGAGGCUGAGAAGAAAGCCAAGGUGAUUGCAGUAAUGAAUGCUGUCGAAGAAAACCAGGGGUCCACCGAGUCUCAGAAGGUGGAGGAGGCCAGUCCUCCUGCUGUGCAGCAGCCCACCGACCCCGCAUCCCCCACUGUGGCCACCACGCCUGAGCCCGUGGGGGCUGACGCUGGGGACAAGAACGCCGCCAAAGCAGCUGAUGAUGAACCGGAGUACGAGGACGGCCGGGGCUUUGGCAUUGGGGAGCUGGUGUGGGGGAAACUGCGGGGCUUCUCCUGGUGGCCAGGCCGCAUUGUGUCUUGGUGGAUGACGGGCCGGAGCCGAGCAGCAGAAGGCACCCGUUGGGUCAUGUGGUUCGGAGAUGGCAAGUUCUCAGUGGUGUGUGUGGAGAAGCUGAUGCCGCUGAGCUCCUUCUGCAGCGCCUUCCACCAGGCCACCUACAACAAGCAGCCCAUGUACCGCAAGGCCAUCUACGAAGUACUGCAGGUGGCCAGCAGCCGAGCGGGGAAGCUGUUCCCAAUGUGCCACGACAGCGACGAGAGCGACACUGCCAAGGCCGUGGAGGUGCAGAACAAACAGAUGAUCGAAUGGGCCCUGGGAGGGUUCCAGCCCUCUGGCCCCAAGGGCCUGGAGCCCCCAGAAGAGGAGAAGAACCCCUACAAAGAAGUUUACACAGACAUGUGGGUUGAACCCGAGGCAGCUGCCUAUGCACCGCCCCCACCAGCCAAAAAGCCCCGAAAGAGCACAACUGAAAAGCCCAAGGUCAAGGAGAUAAUUGAUGAACGCACAAGAGAGCGGCUGGUGUACGAGGUGCGGCAGAAGUGCCGGAACAUCGAGGACAUUUGCAUCUCUUGUGGAAGCCUCAACGUCACCCUGGAACACCCUCUUUUCAUCGGAGGAAUGUGCCAAAACUGCAAGAACUGCUUCCUGGAGUGCGCGUACCAGUAUGAUGAUGACGGCUAUCAGUCCUACUGCACCAUCUGCUGCGGGGGGCGCGAGGUGCUCAUGUGCGGGAACAACAAUUGCUGCAGGUGCUUUUGCGUUGAAUGUGUGGAUCUCUUGGUGGGGCCGGGAGCUGCGCAGGCAGCCAUUAAGGAAGACCCCUGGAACUGCUACAUGUGCGGGCACAAGGGCACCUACGGGCUGCUGCGGCGGCGAGAAGACUGGCCCUCUCGGCUCCAGAUGUUCUUCGCCAAUAACCACGACCAGGAAUUCGACCCUCCGAAGGUUUACCCACCUGUCCCAGCCGAGAAGAGGAAGCCUAUCCGGGUGCUGUCCCUGUUUGACGGAAUCGCUACAGGGCUUCUGGUGCUGAAGGACUUGGGCAUUCAGGUGGAUCGCUACAUCGCUUCCGAGGUGUGCGAGGACUCCAUCACGGUGGGCAUGGUGCGGCACCAGGGGAAGAUCAUGUACGUCGGGGACGUCCGCAGCGUCACGCAGAAGCAUAUCCAGGAGUGGGGCCCGUUCGAUCUGGUGAUUGGGGGCAGUCCCUGCAAUGAUCUCUCCAUCGUCAACCCCGCCCGCAAGGGACUCUACGAGGGCACUGGCCGGCUCUUCUUUGAGUUCUACCGCCUCCUGCAUGAUGCGCGGCCCAAGGAGGGAGAUGAUCGCCCCUUCUUCUGGCUCUUUGAGAAUGUGGUGGCCAUGGGCGUUAGUGACAAGAGGGACAUCUCGCGAUUUCUCGAGUCCAACCCUGUGAUGAUUGAUGCCAAAGAAGUGUCGGCUGCACACAGGGCCCGCUACUUCUGGGGGAACCUUCCCGGUAUGAACAGGCCGUUGGCAUCCACUGUGAAUGAUAAGCUGGAGCUGCAGGAGUGUCUGGAGCACGGCAGGAUAGCCAAGUUCAGCAAAGUGAGGACCAUUACUACUAGGUCGAACUCCAUAAAGCAGGGCAAAGACCAGCAUUUCCCCGUCUUCAUGAAUGAGAAAGAGGACAUCUUAUGGUGCACUGAAAUGGAAAGGGUGUUUGGCUUCCCUGUCCACUAUACCGACGUCUCCAACAUGAGCCGCUUGGCGAGGCAGAGACUGCUGGGCCGGUCGUGGAGCGUGCCCGUCAUCCGCCACCUCUUCGCUCCGCUGAAGGAAUAUUUUGCUUGUGUGUAAGGGACGUGAGGGCAAACCGAGGUAGUGAAACAAGGUUUAAACAAACAAACAAAAAACACAAAACACAACAAAAUACCAAGAACAUGAGGAUGGAGAGAAGUAUCAGCACCCAGAAGAGGAAAAGGAAUUUAAAACAAAAAAAAAAACCCCACAGAGGCAGAAAUACCGGAAGGCUUUGCCUUGUAAAAAGGGUUGGACAUCAUCUCCUGAUUUUUCAAUGUUAAUCUUCAGUCCUAUUUAAAAACAAAACCAAGCUCCCUCCCCACCCUCCCACCCCCUUUUUUUCGGUCAAACCUUUUGUUUUCUACUCUUUUCAGAGGGGUUUUCUGUUUGUUUGGGUUUUUGUUUCUUGCUGUGACUGAAACAAGAGGGUUUAUUGCAGCAAAAAAAAAAAAUCAGUAACAAAAAAUAGUAACAUACCUUGCAGAGGAAAGAUGGGAGUGAAGGAAAGAAGGAAAUUCUAUAGAAAUCUAUAUAUUGGGGGUUUUUUUGUUUUUUUUUUGUUUUUUUUUGUUUUUGUUUUGUUUUUUUUACUAUGUAUCUUUUUUUUUGUUGUUGUCUCUAGCCUGAUCAGAUAGGAGCACAAGCAGAGGACAGAAAAUAGACACUCAGGCGGCAGAGUUCCCUCCCAGCCACUGAGCUGUCUUGCCAGCACCAUUCCUGGUCAUGCAAAACACAACCCAACUAGCAGCAGAGAGACGAGAACACCACACAAGACCCUUUUAUACAGUAUUCAGGUGCCUACCACACAGGAAACCUUGAAGAAAAUCAGUUUCUAGAAGCCGCUGUUACCUCUUGUUUACAGUUUAUAUAUAUAUGAUAGAUAUGAGAUAUAUAUAUAAAAGGUACUGUUAACUACUGUACAACCCGACUUCAUAAUGGUGCUUUACAACAGCGAGAUGAGUAAAAACAUCAGCUUCCACGUUGCCUUAUGUGCAAAGGGUUUUAACCAAGGAUGGAGAAAGGGAGACAGCUUGGAGGUGAACCGUUAACCGUGGUGGGGUUUUUCAAUUUCCCCUUGGUGUUUAACAAGGUGAAGGAGGAGAAUUUGGGAACAGCAUUCUCCCGUUUCUCCCUGCCAAAAAAGGGGGUGAAAUUCAGUGGUCGGGACCGUGGAAAGCUGAGAGUGGGAUCCAUCCAGGCUCCUGAGAUAACCUUUUGAUUUUUUUAGAAAAGGAGACUCCCUCGGCAAGAUGGCAGGAUGAGGGGUCUUCAUUCCCAAUUUCUCACAUUAGCCGAUUCGAGGGCUCCUUGCGGUGGGGUCAGAAAAAAUCCAGAGUGCGGGCAAGUGACAGUUCAGACCCCACCUGGAGCAAAUAAAAAAACAUACAAAACGUACUGGUGCUUUCCUGUCUAAGUCGCUUUUUGUGUGUUCUUUUAUGAGGCCCCCACCAUCCACCCUCUGUGCACAAGGCGGCUUCCGGCCCCUGGAAUGUGAUGUUUUUGGUCAUCUCCAAAGGCUGCAGUUUUAUACUGGGAGGCUGAUGACACCUUUUGUUAUAAUUAUUCUUAUGGUUCUGGUUAUAAUUAUGUUUGUUUUCAGAUUUUCUUUAAGAAAACAAAAACCCAACCCCCCCUCCCUUUAGGUUUCAAACCAAGGUGCGGGGAGCAGGGUGCUUCUAAGUCAGUGGUGGCCCUGGUGCCCUGGCUCCCCACCCCUCGGGCCAGGUGGGCCACCGGGCGCUGCGACAGCUGGGCGUCGGCCAGGGGGUCCCCGAGGCCGGCCUUCCGGGCGCGUCCCUCUUCUCUUCUGCUUCCCUCCUCUCGAGUCACGUGUGUCAGGGCUGGAGGGAGGACCAGGCAUCUCUCUCCUCGCGUGUGUGACUGGAGUGGUGUGUAUUUCUUUUCUAGUACUUGGUCUGAUGAUAGCUGUGCUCUUACCUCGAGUCAGCAGCACCUGGAGCCCCAAGUGCACGACACUUGGUUCCGCUUCCCGGCGAGGCAGGCAGCCUGGUGUUGGCUGUAGGCAGGGACGGCACGUGUGGCUCCAGGGUGAGGGCCCAAUGGGCAGAUGCCUGCCUGGGUAGAUGGGGUGUAGAUAAUGUGGCAUAUAGAGAUAUAUAUUUUAUAAUGGGAGGGGGGAGUGGCACCUCCUGGGACUGGCAGGGCUGGCAGGGGUGCUGCCAAGCACAUGGUCCCACGUUCGCAUCCCUAGAAAGAUAGGGCCUACGGUGAUAGGCGCUAUAUAAAUACAUAGAUAGGGUCACGUAUAAGAAAUAUUUUGUAGUGGGGAGCGGGGGAAGGAGGCUCAGAAUGCUGAGUCUCAGGCCCCACUGCAGACAGGCCCCACACCAAUCAGUCAGUCCCACACGCACACACAGGAACAUGUUUCUAUACCGAUGCGUAACGAAUGCGCGUACACACACACACACACACACACACACACACACACACACACACACACACACACACACACACACAC